AUUUCUUCCUCCAUUGUUACAUUGUAACAAACGGGGCCGGGGCCGAACCGGGGAGAAAGGAGGCGGCUUCUCCUGAGAAAUCCUACAACAUAUUUGACACCGAACCGAACCAGGCCGGUCCGGGUUUUUAAAGCGAGAAGACGGAGAAGUUGAAGCCCAGCCGAGAGAAGCCGCCCCGGUGAGGAGAAGGAUAAACGAACACAGAUGUCAGCGGAUUUCUCCAUUACUCCUAUUUCACAUCAGGAGAAUAAGACAUUUACAUUAUCUAUGCUGCACUAAAAAAACAAAAACAAACAAAAAAAAACUAAAAAAUGUUGGGAAAUAAAUCGCAGCUCCACCAUCUGACGCCCCGUCCGUCCUUUUAAACAGAUCAGGCAUGCAGCAUUUAAAUCAAACCCGCCGGUCGAACAGACAUCUCCCGUUUUCUUCGCGAUCCCUUCAGUGUGCAGAACAAUGAGCAUGAAGCCUAAGUAGCCCAAUACUAGCCAGACAGAAAGUGUUGCAGAUUGACAAUCCGGCAAGAUCACUUUGGGUCACCGUCGCUCCACGGUUUGCAGCCUGGAUUCAUCGGGGUUUGUGGCUCAGGAAAAAAAAGAAAAAAAGAAAAGCAGCUCACAGGGCGUUUAAAGAUUGAUGUGCAGCUCCGAUUGGGAAGAGAAACGACCUGCGAGUUGGUUGGAAUAAGGGUCCCUGUUUCUGCCGCAGACACCAAGUUUCCAUGGAGGCAGGUUCGUCCCUCAGCCUCAAACGACGAUAUGAAGAGGUGGACAACAGCUCUCCAUUCUCCACACCCAAGGACUCUGACGAUGACAUCUCCAGCAGUGACAGCGCUGACAGCUGUGACAGCCUCAACCCCCCCUCCAGCUCCGCUUUUACCCGUAAGGAACAGCAGGAGACACACGUUAAAGCCACCUCCAUCCUCAGACAGCACAAGCCGUCUCCAGGGGGUAAGCGGGUGCGUUUCGAUGUGGUGACGGUGUAUUACUUCCCCCGGCGGCAGGGCUUCACCAGCGUGCCCAGCCAAGGGGGCAGCUCGCUGGGCAUGGCCCGCCACCACUCCUCCAUCAGACACUACACGCUGGGAGAGUUUGCGCGUGAACAGGAAACCAGCCACCGGCACACUUUGCGGCAACACCUGCGCCAGGAGAAGCUCAAUGCUCGCAAGAUGAAGCUGACGAGGAACGGCACGGUGGAGUGCGCUCAGGCAGACCUACUGACUCUGGAGGACGUGUCAGACGAGGACCUGGACGUGGACGGCGUGGAGGUGGACGACUGCUUCUUCCUUCAGCCGCUGCCCACCAAGCGGCGUCGGGCCCUGCUGCGAGCCUCUGGCAUCGCCCGCAUAGAUGCGAGAGAGAAAACCGAGCUCAGAGCCAUCCGCCUCUCUCGGGAGGAAUGCGGCUGCGAUUGCCGUUUGUACUGUGACCCUCGGCACUGCGGCUGCAGCCAGGCCGGUAUUAAGUGCCAGGUGGAUCGAAUGUCUUUCCCAUGUGGCUGCUCUAGAGACGGCUGCGGCAACGUAGCAGGUCGCAUCGAGUUCAACCCUCUCCGAGUCAGAACGCACUACCUGCACACCAUCAUGAAGCUGGACUUGGAGAAAAGGAGGAUGCUGAUACAAGGAACUGGGGACCAGUAUGCUGAAUCUGACCCAACGUCUUCCCCCUCCUCCACCUGCCCCACCUCCCCGGACCUAUCUUCUGUGGCUGGCCUGGACUCUGAGCUAGAGGAAAGCGAGGUGCACUCAGUCGUGGAGGUUCAAGAUCUCCUGGCAGAGCAGGAUAUUCUGGAGCAAGAGAACGAGACAGCUGUGCUGCACCUGCAGAGCGCAGAGGAGCAGGAGAGGAGGGAGAGGGAGGAGGCUGAAGGGGAAACGGUGCAGCCAGAGCUGAGCACUGCUGGUCUCACAGAGCAGCCUCUCUGCCUCCUACCCCGUGCCUUGGGAGGGCAGAUACCUGAGCAGGUGCAGGUGCCCGGGGUGGAGCAGGUCCUCCUCCAAGGACCUUUCCCCACAGGUGCUACGGUGUUGUGCAUCACUGACAACCAGGAGGAGAGCCCCUCUGACCUCCUCAAAGACUCCACUUCUCUGCUCUACUAUCAGCUCAGUCCCAUAGAGCCUGCGGCCUUUCAAACGCUGCCCAAAGCAGAGGAGGAGGAGCAGGUGAGGGAACUUGAUGCUGGAGGAGAUGAGUUUGUGGAGAGGAAACAAGAUGGAGGAGGGGAGAUAAAGAAUGACAAACAUGAAGACAACACCUUCAGGCAGAGUUUGGGCAAGCCUUUGACCAAUGUGAUCCUGUGCUCAGAGGAAUGUGUGGCAGUAGUGAAGGAGACGCCCCCCAGUCCUCAACCUAUCCUCCCAGAAGAGCAGCGCCAAGAAGAGUCCUGCUUGGAGAAAAACGUCGUUCCACUGCCUCCUGAAGUUUAGUACUAGCUUCUCUGCAGAUAUUUUGCACAAUAGCUUCAUCUAAGAUGAGUAAAUUACACAUUUCACAUUUAUUACUGCUAUUAAGAAGAAUGACUACAGGUUGCAAUCUCUUAUAGUGACUGUCAUUGAAUUAUGUGGAGAAUGAGCUUGAGUGUUACAACACAACAGGGGAGGAGAGAUGCUGAAAGCACAUACAGAUCACUCCCCAGAAGUGUAAUAUGGAUGCAGUUAAAAGGCGAACUUGUACGUAAUUCUGUCGGGGAUGAUGACUGCGGCCUUAAUGGAAAAACAUGAAAACACUUGUAUGUAGGAGUUAAUGAGAAGUACAGCAAGUAGUGCUUUGUAAUUUCCAGCGCAGCAAACAGAAAACACAGUGUGUGAAUGCUGACAUAAGCCUUUUGUUUGGUGGUGCAUAAAACUAUCAACACUAAACACAAGUUGAUUCGCAGUGCGCAAGCAGCCGGUGUAUUUACCGGCUCGCUUUCCAUUACAGCAGACUCGUGCUGUAUUCAAGCCAAAUGAAGGCCUCUGAUCGUAUCCUCCGCUGAACAUACACCUAAUAAUCCUGGAAAUACUUGUUUUUGUGUACUGUAUAUGCAUUUGCAAUGUGCAAGACAGAGCUGAGGUUGCUGCUUUUUGGAGCUGUAUGCACAUUGUGAACUGAGGCAGCAGGUGUUGUGACCCUGCAGCACUGAGACCUGAAGGUAAACCAACACUGAGCAGCAGAUUAGCACUGACCUUAGCUGCUGCUCUUGCUCACCUUUGACUGCUCGUACAAAUGCAGUCGAUUUGUCAAAAAGAAGAAAGAAAAAAAACUUUACCUGUAGUUGCAAUGCCUAUGAUAUUAUUAUUUCUUUGAGUAAUGUGUCUUUUGUGGAUUAGAUACUGUUGGUUUUGAAGCUGAGGUCCUUGCAGUCGUUUUAUUUUGGGGGGGAAUGAAAGGAAAUGUUUCUUUCAUA